GUGGCUUAUGUUUUGUAUCUUGAGAACUAGAGCUGAAAGGGGGAAACGGGCGCCGUUGUUGGAAAGGGCAAGUCAAAUACACCCAGAAACCGGUCUAACAUUGGUGUAGUAAACAUUACAUUGAGACGGCCUUGCUUUGAUUUGUCUUAUGGUUGCCUUGCUGCUAAUCCUUUCCACCUCCCGAUGUGAUUUGGACCAUAAAGAGAUCCCACCCACAACAGCCAUGCAAGAGCCUGGUCACAUCCUCAUGUGUGUUUCUCCGCAUCUCCUUUGUUGACGUCCAGCCGCCACCCAAUUUGUCUUUCCAUCCACAGAGAACCAGAGGAGCAGGAUCUUUACAUCCUGAUGCUAAGCUCGCCUGAUGUGUGGAUCCUCUCGACUCUCCAUCCAUGACCACGUCGCAUGACAUUGAUGCCUUGCCUGUGGCCAAGUCCACCCUCGGCUCCCCGAAGCGGAGAGAAGAAGGAUCCCGUGUGCCAAAAACAACAACCUGUUGUAAACACCCACUGGAGGAGUGGGAAUGGCUACUCCAAGGUCCAAGAGGACAACACUAGCCGGUUAAGCAACCAAGGGUCUCAAACCAAGACAAAGUACAGAAGACCAGGAAUCCAGGACAAUCCUCGGUUCCGUGUUUCUUUCCCUCGACCCACCUUGAGCAGAGACAUGGAGACGGGAUCCAAGAGAACGUUGACCACCGUGGACAGGAACGGGAGAAUGACCCUGACGCUCGCUCUGGUCACAUUCAUCGCUGCCUUCGGAUCCUCUUUCCAGUAUGGGUACAACGUUUCGGUGAUCAAUUCCCCAUACGUGCUCAUGCAAGAUUUUUACAACAAGACCUACAUGGAAAGAUAUGGAGAAUAUAUGGAUAGUGACUUAAAGACAGCUCUAUGGUCCAUCACAGUGUCCUUUUUCCCGCUCGGAGGCUUCUUCGGGUCGUUGUUGGUGGGUCCCAUGGUGAACAAAUUUGGCAGGAAGGGCACUUUACUGAUCAACAACAUCUUCUCCAUCAUCCCUGCCAUCCUCAUGGGGAGCGCCCGGGUGGCAAAGACUUUCGAGAUCAUCAUCGUCUGCCGCAUCGUCAUCGGAAUAUGCGCCGGCCUGUCUUCCAACGUCGUGCCCAUGUAUCUUGGGGAGCUGUCCCCCAAAAACUUACGGGGGGCGUCCGGGGUGGUCCCGCAGCUCUUCAUCACCAUCGGGAUCCUGGUCGCCCAGAUCCUGGGGAUGCAGAUGAUCCUGGGGAACUAUGACGGCUGGCCAAUACUACUGGGUCUCACGGGGGUCCCGGCCGCUCUCCAGCUCCUAACUCUCCCCUUUUUCCCCGAGAGCCCCCGAUAUCUGCUGAUCCAGAAGGGCGACGAAGACGGUGCCAGGAAAGCUUUGAAGAAGCUGCGCGGCUGGGACGACGUGGACGACGAGAUGGAGGAGAUGUGGCAGGAGGACCAGGCGGAGAAAGCCGAGGGGCGGAUGUCCGUGUUCACGCUCUUCACCUACCGCGGACUCCGCUGGCAACUUAUCUCCAUCAUUGUGAUGAUGAUGGGGCAGCAGCUCUCGGGAGUUAACGCGAUUUACUACUACGCCGAUGAAAUCUACUUGUCCACUGGGUUGAAUAAGUACGACGUCCAGUUCGUCACGGCUGGGACGGGAGCGGUCAACGUCGUCAUGACAUUCCUUGCGGUUUUUAUCGUCGAGUCUCUGGGCCGGAGGAUUCUGUUGCUGGUUGGUUUCGGGAUCUGCUGCGUGGCGUGUGCCGUAUUGACCGUCGCUCUGAAUCUCACGUCUAUCGGCUGGAUGUCCUACGUCAGUAUCGCCAGCAUCAUCUCGUACGUCAUUGGACACGCCAUCGGAGCAAGUCCGAUCCCGAGCGUCAUGAUCAUCGAGAUGUUCCUCCAGUCGUCUCGCUCCGCAGCGUUCAUGAUCGGAGGUUCCGUGCACUGGCUCUCCAAUUUCACGGUUGGGCUGGUCUUCAAUUAUAUGAGGCAAGGGCUCGGCGCGUAUUCCUUCCUCAUCUUUUGCGGCAUUUGCUUGGUCACCGACAUCUACAUCUUCUUCGUCGUCCCCGAAACCAAGAACAAGACCUUCAUGGAGAUCAACCAGAUCAUGGCCAAGAGGAACGGGGUCGGCGUCGAGGAGGGCAACAAGGAGGAGCUCGCGGAUUUCGCCGCCAACUCGGUGCCGCAUGGAAAGAAGGCCGAAGUGGAGAGGAACAGCGCCCUUUGAGGUGGCUCCUUGCCUUGGGUUCGGGACCAAGUGGGCAUCUCCAGAUACGUUUCCCCAUGUUGUCGUGGGUUUAGGUGUAAAUAAAUCCGUGUUGCUGUGUAUCUGGUGCAGAUGGUUAGUAGCCAGCUGCAAUAAAUCACUACUGAGAUCGAAGCCCAGGUCGGAUUGAGCUCCCGACCGUUUAAUAGCCUUGCUCGUUGUUGACCUAAGCAGCUCGAAAGACACUUGCAUCUGUCGAGUAGGAAAUUCAGGUACCGCUUUAUGCGGGGAGGCUAAUUUUAAUUUACGACACCAUUAAAACUUCCAGCAGCGCGCGGAAAGGAAUGAGGAAGUACUCCAUCAAGGACUCGGUGUCGCAAUUUGAGAAGUAUAUUAAAGAGUCCUACCGAGUGUAGGAAAUUGAGCUCCCAACCAUUUAAUAGCAUAGCUCGUUGUUGACCUAAGCAGCUCGAAAUACACUUGCAUCUGUCGAGUAGGAAAUUCAGGUACCGCUUUAUGCGGGGAGGCUAAUUUUAAUUUACGACACCAUUAAAACUUCCAGCAGCGCACGGAAAGGAAUGAGGAAGUACUCCAUCAAGGACUCAGUGACACUUUCAAUGCCAUUAUCGAGACAUAUGACAUAUAUAGACAGACACAGAGGCAAUUUAACAUUUUUCCAGCUUCCGGCCUCCUGAGAGUAUGCUCAAUUCCGGCAGCAAGGGGAGCUGCCACUUCAUCGUCCGCUUGUGAAACUGAGUCCUUGAUGGAGUAUUUCCUCAUUCCUUUCCUCACACUGCUAGCAGAUUUUAAGGUGUCAUAAAUUAAGUUAAAUUAGCCUCCCCACAUCAAGCAGUACCUAGAAUUUUCUACUCAAUAGAUACAACUGUUUUUCAAGCUAUUUAGGUGGGCAACGAGCUAGGCCAUUAACAGUUGGGAGCUCAAUCUGACCCAUAGAUUAAGUUAAAUUAGCCUCCCCGCGUAAAGUGGUACCUAGAAUUUUCUACUUAAUAGAUACAACUAUUUUUCAAGCUACUUAGGUGAGCAGCGAGCUAAGCCAUUAACAAUGGGGAAUUUUAUCCGACCCAUAAAUUAAGUUAAAUUAGCCUCCCCGUAUAAAGCGGUACCUAGAAUUUUCUACUUAAUAGAUACAACUAUUUUUCAAGCUACUUAGGUGAGCAGCGAGCUAAGCCAUUAACGGUUGGGAGUUUUAUCCGACCCAUAAAUUAAGUUUAAUUAGCCUCCCCAUAUGAAGCGGUACCUAGAAUUUUCUACUCAACAGAUGCAACUGUUUUUUCCCGGGCUUUGAUCCCAUGACCUUUCAGUCAGUAGUGAUUUAUUGCAGCUGGCUCCUAACCAGCUGCGCCACACCCCGGCCCUCAAUAUAAACAAAUAUUAAAUAUUUGCCUUGAGAUCAGCUGUAGAAAGGAAGCUACUAAAUGUAUUGGAAGAUCUUAACCAGUAAGUCAACACAGAACUAAAGUUGUGUGUACUGGGAUUGUGGCAAAGCUUCGGACGGGAUUGUAAAUAAUCCGAUCCAUGGAUUGGGACUGAUGCCUUCAUCGUUCAACUCUUCGGAGCAUCUGUAUUUCGAAACGGCAGGAUUCGCUUUGUGACAGCUCAAAGUGGAGCCGUGGAUAUAUUCCGUGUCCAACGUCAUGUGGAAACCAGAGACAUAAGGACUCCGGUUAGGUUUCUUUCAUCCAUUGGAAUCCUGCUUUCGAGUUAGAUUGCAACCGACGGGGGUUGAAUGAAAAGUAAUGCCUCCGCCUUCGCCACUUGGGUUUGGAUGGGAAUAUUUUAAUAAAUCAAACUCAGAAAUAAUCCUCAGAAUGUGCUCUUUAACUUCCACUAUUCACUUUCCCACACCAUCACCGGAGCAUUGGAUACGUUUCUGACAAAUUUUCCGAAGCCGUCACGGAAGAAGUCUACACUCGGUUUCUGCGUCCGACGUCUCGCAGGACCCAUCGUUAUAGAUUAUUAUUAUUAUUUAUUUGCGACAUUUAUAUACCGCCCUUCUCACCCCAAAGGGGACUCAGGGCGGUUUACAAGUAUAUAUACUUACAAUAUAUUAUAUUAUAUUGUAUUAUAUAAUUA